UCGUGUGAACGAUAAAGUGGUCUGAUGAUGGCCCUCGUUAUGGAACCUAUUAGCAAGUGGAUGCCCAAACAAGUAGUGGAUUGGAUGAAAGGCCUUGAUGACUGCCUUCAACAAUACAUAAAGAACUUUGAGAGGGAAAAGAUCAAUGGAGAACAGUUGUUACACAUUACUCAUCAGGAACUUGAAGAGCUGGGAGUCACUCGAAUCGGUCACCAAGAGCUCAUCCUGGAAGCAGUGGAUCUGCUCUGUGCUUUGAAUUAUGGUCUGGAGACAGAAAACCUGCGAACUCUUUCCCACAAGCUGAAUGCCUCCGCCAAAAACCUCCAGAACUUCAUCACGGGUAGGAGGAGGAGUGGCCAUUAUGAUGGCAGGGCCUCCAGAAGACUGCCAAAUGAUUUUCUUACCUCUGUGGUUGACCUCAUUGGUGCUGCCAAGAACUUGCUUGCCUGGCUGGACAGGUCUCCAUUUGUCAGUGUGACAGAAUACUCACUGCUGAAAAAUAACAUUGUUCAACUGUGCCUGGAACUAACAACCAUAGUGCAGCAGGAUUGCACAGUGUAUGAAACAGAAAAUAAAAUUCUUCACGUGUGUAAAACGCUCUCUGGCAUCUGUGAUCACAUCAUUUCACUCUCAUCCGAUUCUCUGGUGUCUCAAUCAGCUCACCUUGAAGUUGUUCACCUUACCAGCAUCAUGCCCAGUGAAGGGUUGGGGAUGUAUAUCAAGUCAACGUAUGACGGGCUGCACGUGAUCACUGGAACGACAGAAAACUCUCCAGCAGACCAGUGCAAGAAAAUCCAUGCAGGGGAUGAAGUGAUCCAGGUCAACCAUCAAACUGUGGUUGGCUGGCAGUUAAAGAACCUGGUAAAUGCAUUGCGUGAAGACCCAAAUGGAGUGAUCUUAACCUUGAAGAAACGGCCUCAGAACACCCUGGUGUCUGCUCCUGCUCUUCUGAAGAAUGUGAGGUGGAAGCCCCUUGCCCUGCAGCCUGUUAUUCCAACCAGCCCAACUAGCAGUUGCACAACACCAACAAGCACGAUGGGCAUGGGCUCAAAAAUGGACAGCUCGACUCUCCAAGAUGUUUUCAUCCUCUCCCCUAUGUCAGGACUCUAUGGCCCCAGAGAUGAUCUUGGAAUGGUGUCUUGCGAUGAUGUCAGCAAGUAUGGCGGUGGAAAGUCUGGGAUGAAGGGUUCUGAGUCUCCCAGCUACUUUUUGGAGCACGAAAGCGGGAAGUAUUACACGUUAAUUGAAGGCGAGGGCCACCCAGUAAGCUCUGAAUAUGAAAGAGGGAGAGCAACGGGGGUGCGACGAAGAGAAAAGACACCCACACAUGGUGAUCUGAGGCCAGUUUCUAUGCCUACAGAAUACAGCUGGAUAGGAGAAUCAAAAGAGCCAAAUAUGUUCAAGAGGGGUAGCCGAGACUCUGAGAAUUCACUCCUGCGAUACCUGAGUGAUGACAAAAUAUUGGUGAUCCAGGAAGAGCCAUUGACUCAGAAGGACAACAAGCGAGAUACGGGUCGCAGGUCAAGGAAAAAGGGCAAGAACAGUGGCAGCCCCAACUAUCCCAUAAGCCCAUCCAUGUUGACCUCUUCCAUAAACGUACGGCUUGAAUCCGGACAGCAAGAUGCCUUGAAUUUCUCCUUAGCUGAGAGCAACACUGUUCCACUUUAUCACAGAGCAGGAGAGGCAGUCGGUGGUGAUUCUGAAAGGUAUGUGAGUUCUGCCACUGAGCGACAAGGAGGCACAUCCAUGAGGAAGUCAUUUCACUAUGCUUCCCUGAGGGUAAAAAGCAAGAAAUGGCCCAAAGGAGGUUCGCUGAACAACAGCAGCAGACGAAGGAUCUCCUGCAAAGACUUGGGACAUGGAGAUUGCGAGGGUUGGUUGUGGAAGAAGAAGGAUGCCAAAGGUUACUUCACCCAGAAGUGGAAAAAAUACUGGUUCGUCCUGAAGGACUCUUCCCUCUACUGGUACACUAACCAGAAUGAUGAAAAAGCAGAAGGAUUCAUCAGUUUGCCAGAGUUCAGGAUAGACAGAGCCAUUGAGUGCAGGAGGAAACAUGCUUUCAAAGCUUGCCACCCCAAAAUUAAGAGUUUCUACUUUGCUACUGACUGCCUGGAAGAAAUGAAUAGGUGGAUGAACCGUUUGGGUCUUGCAGCCAUUGGUUAUACACCUGAUGACAAGGAUAUCCGACCCGAUGAAGCAGAUUACUGGAGUGAAAGUGACCAGGAAGAUAUUGAUGGCUCAUUAACUCUGAAGCAAGAGGCACCCAUAACACUUUGCGACACCUACCACCGAACACCCUCGAUGAAUUCUUCAAGCCCAUUCCCUGAGCCUAAACAAGGACGACACUUCUCCAGUGAAUCAACCUAUUCUCAUUCUUCUGCGGAAGAUUCCCGGCAGGAUCCAGCAGUGAGCACACACUCGUCAGGUUGCAGGCCUCCCUACAGAGAAAGGCGUUCCUGGCAGGAUCUCAUUGAGACCCCGUUGACCAGUUCAGGGCUCCAUUUUCUGCAGACUGUCCCUCCUGACCCAGAGUACACGAGCGGACAGCCCGGGUCGUCACCAGAGAGGCGGAGACAAGCAACGCUACCAGUCCAAAGAAGACACAACCAUGAACAGGAUGGCCCUUUCCCAUUGGUGGAGUGCCACAGAGGCCACAGCUCUCAUGCCAGACCCCAGAAGCAACGUAGCCAAAGCCUCCCACGAAACAGAGAUGUCCGAGUGAAAGGCCGUGUAAAACCCAGUGGGAUAACAGAAGAGAGAUCUGAAGAAAAGCUGCCUGUUAAAAAGCAAAGUAGCUUCUGUGAAGAAGAAAAUGCAGAAGAGCGACCACAGAGUGCAGAUGGUCUGCAUGAGUUGUACAAAUCUCUGGAGCAAGCUAGUCUGUCUGCAUUUGGAGAGCAACGCCCUUCCACCAAGCAGGAAUACCGGAGGUCCUUCGUAAAGAGAAGCAACGACCCUGCUAUCAACGAAAAGCUUCAUCGCAUCCGAGUUCUCAAGAGUACUUUAAAAGCAAAGGAAGGAGAUCUUGCACUGAUCAAUAACCUGCUCCAUGAUCCCAACUUGACAUCCAAGAAAUUCAAAGAAUGGAAAAUGAAGAACUAUGAAUUUUUCCUGGACAUUUGUGAGUACAGCGCUGUUCUGAAAACCCAAAACGGAGCCUCUGAACUUGCAACUCCAACCCCUCUGCUGACACACACUCAUUCCUUCAUUGAAACGCACGUCUGACAGGAUGUAGCACUGGGAACACUUGGGGGUGGAGCGAGCUAGUGGGGGGACCAUGAAAAAUUCAUUGUGACAAAACACUGUAACCUGUGUAAAUAAUGUACUCAGCUGUAUUGUAAAUAGAUUGGAUAAGAAAACUCGUGCCACAGGAUGCCUAUUGCAUUGCAUGUUAAGACAGUCUUAUUUUUAUUUUAUUUUACUUUACUUUCUUGGAUUUUUUUAAUGUUUGUUUGUUUGCUGAUUGGGUUCUGCAUUAGAAAGAAGAAGUGAUGUAUUCACUGGCAUAAUUGAAACCCCAGUUAUAUUAAUGAGUAUACUGUACUAAAAUUGAGUAUGGGUCAAAGAGCUCUCUUACUAUUUUAUAUAUGUAGAUGUACUGCAUGUAGCCAUAUCUAUAUAUAUAAAAUGUAACAUGAAAUAUUUGUUUUAAAAUACUCUGAAAUGCCCAUCCUCAUAUAUUUCUUUUCAUUUCAUUAUUUAUUUCUCUCUCUUUUUUCCAAAUUGAAAUUUUAAACCUUAAGAGCAUACAAAAAACAAAACAAAAAAAAUAAGAAAAGUAAAGAAAAGCAUUGGCCACUCCUAGGGAAUGAACAUUUAAAUGUUCAGCAUUUCCAGUCAAUCGUUGCUACUGUCUUUUGUGAGCAUAGCAAAGGUUUCAAGUAGCAUGGAAAUGGUAAGCUUAAACCCUUUUGGUGUGCCUUAAAAUGUAUAGCGUCUAUAUCCAGGAAAAUGUUACGUUCCCUUUUGCCUCUUGAGGCGCAAACUGUACAUGCCGUUGAAAUGCUGUGCUAUUUUUAUAAUAACGUGCCUGUUUUUCAGAGGAAGAACGGGCAUAGGCAACGCACAUGUGUAUGGGGGGAGUGCGUGCUCAUGCACAUGGUAUGGAAGGGGGCCACACAAAAUGGCCCAUUCAGUGAUGCUGCUACCUAAAGCAGCUUCCGAUCGCUUUUGCACCGUCAUGGGGUAGUCCACAAGAUGUGUGCCCUCAAUCUGAGAAGAUGGUAGCUAUUCCAGUUGUCGGCGUUUAUCCACUGUGAAUUUAGUGCCACAGACCUGUGAACCACAAGAUUCCGAUACUGUCUAUUGCUGCCUCAAAACAAAGGACGAGGGGGGGGGGAAUUUCUGGACCGAAAACCGUUGUUUUCUACAUGUACAGUGUCUGACGGAGUUAAGCAAAUCAUUCGUAUAUAUGACUCAAGUAAUGUUUACUGGAAUAAAAGAAACAAAGAGACCACUGGAAGUACUCAGGAUUUAUAGUGAUUCACUAUAGAAAGAGAGGGAGAAAUCGGGGCCUCCCAGAUGAACCUUGUUAGCAUUCUCCCAAAGGCCUACAGAAGCCUUUUCCCAGUACUGGCAUAGACUGCUAGCAGUGAGCAGAGAUGGUCCAAGACAUUUUGGUACCUGACGCAGAAUAUCUAAAUGGUGGUACAGAUAUAAUAAUAAACUAAAUAACUGACCAGUUACAGCCUAUAUCUAUCUACUCAGAAGUAAGAUCCAUUGAUGUAAAUGGACCUUACUCCCAGGUACGUGCAUAUAGGAUUUCAGGCUUCGUGCCCUUAAUUGGCAUCCCCAGAUUUGCUUCCUCAGAUAGGCCACCAUGCCCUUGUCUUGGACAGAUCUGGUAGUAAGCGCUGCAAGACAGUAUAGAACCAUAAGUAAAGGUGAGCCUCGCAGCCAGAAAAAAAAACACCAUCUUUUUUAGUUCAAAAGUUUAGAAACCAUUACAAUAUACUUGUUUACAUGAAGACUGUUAAAAGCACUUCACCACACUCUCCACACUGUUGUAGAGUAUCCAUUCAUUCGGAAGGGAGCUUUGAACGGAAACCCCAUACAGCCUAAAGAAAAGAGUUGGGGAAUGUGUAAUAACAGGACUUGGUGGGAUGCCAUACUCACGUUGCUUACCUGUUGCCUUUGGCAGAGCGGGUAAACUCAAAGCAUGGUGUGGCAAUAGCAAUGCAUCUUGCCAUCCUAAUGUCCAGAUGGUGUGUAUUUGCACAGAUAUGACCAAUAAUGUGUAACCCCUCCCCAUAAACAUUACAUUCUAAAGAGUACCUCUGCUGGGCAUAUUCAUGUAAUUCUCUACAUGCAUAUAUGCCAUAUAGACCUGGGGUGAGGAACCCGUUCCCCUCUAAAUGUUGUCGGGCUACAACUCCCAUCAUCCCUGGCCAUUGGUCACGCUGGCUCGGGCUGAUGGGAGUUGGAGCCCAACAAUAUCUUGAGAGCUGUGGGUUCUCCACUCUUUAUUGCACCAAAUGUGUGGAGACCAAGGGCAGGGGUAUGAAAUGCAGGCACAAUCCCUAUUAUUCACUUAUUAAGGCCAGUUUACUGAAUUCCGUACAGAGCAUUUGAUCAGCAGCAUUGCCUUGGAUGACUUAAGCCUAUGGAAAAAAAUGGGAUUCCUAUUUUUUUAAAAUGAAGUUCAGUGUUGACAAUAAUACAUGUAAUUUAUGAUGAAUUAUCCGUGAAAAAUAGGUGUUUUUCACGUGUUGUUGAACUACAGAUCCCAUCAUCCCUGACCACUGGCCAUACUGGCUGGGACUGAUGAGGAUCCAGUGUCCAGAAAUAUCUGGAGGUGACUGUUUCAAUGGCUAUCCUUAAUGCAAACAUUCUUUCCAGCAAGGAAUGGCUGCUUUUAAACAGAUGCACAAGACAUACUGAUAUUCUUUCAAAACCCUUCUUUGGAAAUCUAACCCUUUAAUACUAAACACAUUUACUUAGCACUGCCGGUUCACACAUGCACAUGGAAGCAGUAGAUUUCUUGGUGCAUGCAGCUGAAUGUGUGAAAUAAACUCCCUUGGAGAGCAUAGUGCCAGAAGAGGUGGGAGGUUAUGUGAAUUACGUUUGAUCAGGAUGGGUCAACAGAAGAAUCAGUAUCAUGUCUCAGGAUGGCCUCAGCAUUGUGCUUUUUGGUGGGGCCUGCCUGUGUUUGUGCCUCAGCAUAUAUGUUGGCAGACUUACCUGGUGAUGGGCAGUAGCAGUGAUGGUGGUUGAAUGAGUUGUGGUACCUUGGAGGAAUCCCAUAGUGUAGAAACCACCCUUAAGAGUUUCCCGCAAUACCCCAUUGCAGCACCGUGUCAGAGACUGUUUGGAAGCACUGCAGGAAAUUUAAACAGUGACUCAAAGCCAUUUGGUGGGCUGUCUUGUUAGAGCACCAGGAAAAGGGAGCCCCUGUCAGCAGUGGGUCUCUAGCAGCUGCCUGAGGAUGCCAGUAGCUGAUGCUACAAAUGAAGCAGAAUAGGAAGAUGACUAGCAGACCAUAGCAAACUCUGCUUGCUAUGCAGUUUGUAUUUGCAGGAAGGUUUUGGUUGAAAGCGGUUAAAUAUGCUGGUUGGUCCUCCACUUGUAGUCUGAAGUAGCCUAGCACAGUCCAGUCUCCUUCCUCAGAAUGACACCGUCUUCUUCUGUGAGAUAUACAUAUGCAUAGACCACCUCCUGGUACAAUGGCACAUAGCUGAGGUCUCCACUCUCUUUUUCUUUGCUUUCUUUUUGUUGUAUUCUGUCUUCAUUUACUCUGCAGCGUGCUCCAUUAAUGUGAAUGACGGUAUUUUUAAAAUAUGCUUUUAUGUUAGGGUAUACUUGGAGGAAUUGUAGAUAGGGCCGGCUCUAUUUU